CAGUCGCUUUGUUUGUAGUCAAAACUCAGAAGUAUUGGGAGGAAUGAUAUAUAAUUAUUUUUUUCUCUUCUUCUUCCUCAGUUUUUCUACUUUAUCUAACCUAAGAGCUGAGGAAGGGGGCAGAGUUUGGUUUCAUGGCAAAUUCUAAGCUGCAAGCAUUUUGGAACCACCCAGCCGGCCCAAAAACUAUCCAUUUUUGGGCCCCAACUUUUAAAUGGGGUUUAACCAUUGCAAAUAUCCUUGACUCUUCAAAACCACCGGAGGAACUAUCCUAUCCUCAGCAAUCAGUCCUUGCAUGCAGUGGACUCAUAUGGGCCAGAUACGGCACAGUAAUUACACCAAAGAACUGGAAUCUUGCCAGUGUCAAUUUUGGGAUGUCUCUAACUGCCCUGUUUCAACUGUCACGAAAAAUUCAGCAUGACUUAACUGCCAAAACCCAAGAAGCUGAUGCAGAAGAAGAAUGAAGACAAUCUCACUUCAAUUUAUUGUAUAUUAACUUGGCAUGCUGGUGUAGAGUUGCAGUUUGUAUUAAACAAAAUUAGGGUCAGCAAUGUGGUACAUGACAUGUAGCACAACUUCUCUUUAUAAAUAUCUCUGUUCGGCACCUCUAAA